AAUAAACAAAUCAAAUUACUUUUACAACAUAAAUUGAUCAAUAAAUUUCUUUAUGUUAUAAGCUUAGGGUAGAAAAAUAUGGCUGAAAUUAUUAAAUUAAUUUCUUUGAUGAUCCUCUUAAUUUUCUUAUUUCUUGUUGUAACUGACGUUAAUGCAUGGAAAUGGAAGCUGCCAUAUUGCAAGAAGGAUUCGGAUUGCCCCAACUUUUGUUUUCCUCCGUUUGUUGCAAAAUGUGAACGUCAUAAAUGUUACUGUCGUUAAGAGAUUGAAACUAUGAGCUCAAAAGUACAAUGUCACAUGAGAUGUAAAAUAUUUUUAGAGUUGAUCUUAUUAAUCAUCUCAAAAAUAUGAUGUAUAACAAACUACAGCAAUAGAAUGUAAGAUAUAAAAUGUACAAAAAAUAAUUGUAUCUAUUUUAUAACCUAUUUUCAGUAACAAUGCUCAAUAAUUUGAGAUAAAUUUGAAAAUUUCUUUAGCCACCUCCCUAUGGGGGGUCACCCCCAGCGAAAAUUCCAAAAUACCCCUGCUUCGGAAGUUCAUUUCCGAAAGCGUCUUUUUUUGAAAAAAUUUACUUAUUUCGGAUGUUCAUUUCUGAAAACAUUAUUUCGGAAGUUCACUUCCGAAAUACUGCGAUUUCUGCAGAUUUAUCAAAACACUCCCCCUCCCCCAAUCAUUUACCCUAAAUCAAAACAAAAAGUGGCAAAGGCGAAAAUUUGUGCAAACAGAAUUCCAAAGCUGCAUCAAGGCUCCAAUCACACUGCUAAACAACAUUCAAAAGCCCUCAAUCCUAACACUUUGAACAUGUCAGACAACCAACCAGCACGCAUCAGACAGGAGGUGAAGGAGGUGAAGAAGGUUUCGACCGGCUCUACUUCGUGCUCUCGCGGAGUGAAGGAGGUGAAGGAGAAGAAGAAGGUUUCGACCGGCUCUACUUCUCGUUCCCAGGGGCCCCGGGGCCCGGAUGCUCAAGCUCAACUAUCUGGCGUGAGAGUCAUGGUUGAUGCUGAUGGUUCUGAGACUGAGUGGGAUGCGGAUUGGUAUCAGUAUCUUCAUUCGGAGGAGUUCGCUCGUCGGGAAGAAUAAUGUGUUUUUUGUUUUAUUUGACGUGUUUUCUUUUGUUUUGUUCUGAUUUCGGAUUGUAUCGCACAGUGUUUUUGUAUUGGAUUUAUCAUCUUAGUU